UUUAAUGACAGGCUGUGGUUGCAGAGGUUAUAAAACAUGUUAUUGACACAUACACUUAAACGUGUCUUUCCGGUUUUUGUUAUAAUUCUGCCCAGUUUCCCUUGCUUUUGCUUUGGGUUCCCAUUGGUCAUGACAUUGUAUUGUCUGGUUUGUGUUAUGGGCUCAGGGAGUGGCCAGCUUUUCUUUCAUAACUUGAGUUGGCAUAAAUAGUUGCUUUGCACCAGACUGUGCAGAUCCAAAUUUCAAAAACACGGAACCCAACACUCUCUCAGGAUGAUUUAUAUUUCAGGGCUUGUUGGCUUUCUGCUGUUGCUAACAGCUGAGGCCAGAGUUGGAAACUCCUCUCAGUUGCAGUUCUGUACUGAGACACAACAGUGUUUGUUGUUUGAUCUCGUUUGUGAGACUGCAGACUAUGAGGUCCGUCACUACGACUCCGUGAAAUGGGUUUCAACUGACGAGACAUCCUUCUUCAUGGAGAUAGCAGCAAUGAGAGCCUUCAAAAGACUGUAUCGUUACAUCACUGGUGCCAACGACAAUGCAAAAACGAUUGAAAUGACAGCUCCUGUUGUUGUGAAAAUGACUGACAAGAAAUUCUGGGAAAUGGGUGUCUACACGAUGAGUUUCUUGUUGCCAGUUGAACAUCAGAUGAAUCCCCCCCAACCUACUGAUGAUAAGGUGUACAUCCAGAAGACGCCAGAUGUGAAGAUGUAUGUGCGGAGCUACGGAGGAUGGAUGACAUCCAUGGCUGACAGUAAAAAAGCUAGUAGUCUCUCCUCUGCCCUCAACUCAGUUGGUGCAGAAUACAAAAGAGGCUUCCACUAUGCUGUUGGAUAUAACAGUCCAAUGACGAUGUUCAACAGGCAUAAUGAGGUCUGGUUUGUCGCAGAGGAUGACCCAGUGUGUUACAGCAGCGAGGAAUUGGAGUCUUCUAUUUUCUCUUGAAUACUGUGAGCCCUGUGGAUUGACAGCUCACAGCUGACAAUAUAUAUGAAGAGCUGUAUAUGUUGUAGUUGGACAUUGCUUCAAGUCAUAAUUUGGUAUAUAUAUAACCGGCCAGUGAGAGCACCAAUUUUAAAAAUGUAUAUUUGAAUUGAAAACACAAUGUACUAGCUACUUGUAAAGAUGUGCCUACUGGC